AAUGAAAUGUUAUGACAUAUGAUUUUUAAAUUACUUAUAUGCAACAUACUGUAAACCAACUUUUAUUCGCGUGCUAGAAAUUUUUGCGAGGUUUGCGAGAGCCUCGUCGUCGCGUAUAUUUCUUCCCGCGAACCAGUCUUUAUUGUAUGGUUGUUAUAACAAAAUACGGGUUUGGUCGCGAACAUUAGUCGUCGCCAACCAAUAGGCCGUGUAAGUCUCGCGCGCCUCCUUUACAAGAGAGCACUUCCGAGAACCAUGGUGUAUUGUUUUGCUUUUGGGUGCAACCACAGGAGUGAUCGACAUAGUAAGAACGACACACAGUGCCAUCUCUUUCGUUUUCCAACCAAUGUAAAAUUAAGAAAAAAGUGGAUAGAUCUCUGCAGACGUGCUGACAGAGAUUGGAACGAAGGGGACCGCAUAUGUAGCUGUCAUUUCGAAGGCUGCAAGGACAAAGACACCAGCAUAUUUGUUUAUUCUAAACCAAAAUUUCCAGACGUUGCUGACAUUCGAAAAAGGAAGAAGUUUGCAGAAAUUGAAAAGGUGCCUACAGUGGAGAGUACAUGUACAAUUGGUACAUGUAGGGGUGGUGUUGAGGAGCCAACCUCUGUGCUCUUUACAGCAGAGAGUAGUGCUGCACUUGACCAUCCAUACUUCCACCCGUGUCCUUCUUUCCAGUGUGCAUCCAAAAUAAAUGAAUGUCAGGCUAAGAUAAAAGAACUGGAGAUAGAGAUAAGGACAUUAGAAAUUGAUAUUGAAAGGCUGAAGAAAUCAAGGCCUGUAAUGUCUGUUGAUGCCAUGAAAAAUAACCAAGAAAAGAUGCUGUUGUACACAUCCUUUACAUAUGACAUUUUCAAGAUCAUUGUUGCCACUUUUCAGAGAUUUGAACCUCUGAAUUAUUAUUCAGGAUGGAAUGUCACAAAUAUGAGUUUGGAAGAUCAAGUUCUCAUAACCUUGAUGAAACUGCGACUACGGGAUCUUGACCUAGCAGACAGGUUUUCCACGAGUAGAGCUACAAUCUCUAACAUAGUUAACACUAUUAUUUGUGCUUUGCAUGAGAUUUUUUAUAAGGGCAUUAUGGUUAGAGUAGGCAUGCCCAGUCAAUUAAAAUGUAAGGGCUCCAUGCCUAAAUCGUUUGAAGAUUUCGGUUCUGCUAGAGCAUCAAUUGACUGUACAGAAAUAACACAGGAUGUUCCUUCGGACUUUAAUCGACAAAGUGCAUCAUAUAGCAAUUAUAAAAGUCGGCAUACUGUGAAAGCGCUUACAGCUGUUGCACCCAACGGUUCAUGUGUAUAUGUUUCACCGUUGUAUCCUGGAUCUGUGUCGGAUGCCAUCAUUGUUAAACAUUCACUUUUUUUGAAAACCUUGAACCAGGAGAUCUAAUCCUAGCUGACAAAGGCUUUAAUAUCCAUGACCAAAUGCCAUCAGGUGUGCAACUCAAUAUUCCUCAAUUUUUGAUAAACAAGACUCAGUUUACAAGUAAAGAAGCCGAACUUUGUUAUAAGAUUAGUAGAAACCGAAUUCAUGUUGAGAGAGUGAAUGAACGAUUCAAGAACUACCAAAUUUUGAACCACAUACCAGCUAACUACCGUCCACUGUCUACAAAGAUAAUGCAGCUGUGUGCAUGUUUGGUAAACCUUCAAGCACCUUUGCUCAAAGAGAUUGCUUAGAACUUUUUGAAAGUUGUUUUCAUAUUAAAAUAAAAAAACAUUAAUUAGUUUUUUCCAUGAUGAUCUCCAUGAAAAAAUUAUUUAAUACUUAUUUUAUGUCAGCAGUAUAUUUUUCAUUUUGUAAAGGUGUAGCAGUCAUGGUUAUGAUAUUUGCUAGCUAUGUAAACAGUUUUGAUAAGAGAUGUAUAUCACUAUGCACUUUAAUUGACACAUUGUUUAAACAAAUGUGCCUAGAUUUUUCUUUAAUCUAUAAUAUCUAAAUAUAAAAAAGAUCUGUG